AUGAGAAGUGUCUGCCUUCUACUAAUGGUGACAAUCACUCAAGUUCAGCUGUCGUUGCUCUGCCCUUCUUCUUGUGUGGUGUGUUCUGAAGAUGUCAUCAUCUGUAAUAAACUCUUAAACAUAAUUGAUGCUCCAGGCUCUACUAAAGUUUUGAUGCUUACUGAUGGACUCAUUGAUUCUGUGGACAACAUGGUCCUCUCUGAAUUAUCCAACAUGAGUGUUCUGGCACUCAGCAACAACGCCAUUUCCAGCAUCAUGGAAAAUGCCUUUCAGAACCUCUCUUUUCUAACGACACUAUCUCUGGACCACAACCGCAUCUCCAGCCAAUCCCUGGACAGCUCUACGUUCUCCUGGCUCCACAGACUGGAGACUCUCCAGCUUGGUAACAACAAUCUGAAUGACAUUGACAGCUCCUGGUUCCAAAGCUCUUUAAAAACGCUUCAACUAGAGGGGAACCUCCUCACCGGCUUGAACUCCACCACCUUUGCCCAUGCUGACCUGAGGAACCUGGAAACAUUGGACUUGUCCAACAACCUCAUUGUGUACUUAGGACGUGAUAGCUUCAGAGGGCUUCCUCAUCUCUGCAGGCUUGAUCUGUCCCGCAAUCAUCUACGCAGUGGUCCGGAUGCGUUCUCCUAUCUGUCUUGGCUCUCAGUGCUGAACCUUGAUUUGAACCGUUGGAGCUGUACGUGUGAGUUGAGAGAGCUGGCCUCAUUUCUCAAAAGUUACAUUCAGGCUCCUGAAAAAGUCUUGUACAAUGGGCAGAGGAUGGUGUGUGUGAAUGCAGAUAACGCAGCUGUGCAGGCUGUGCUGGAGUUGACUGAUGCUAACUGUGCCCCACCAAACAGGAAUUUAACAGUGGAGGUUGUGGCUAAAAGUAAUAACACUUUUCAGCAAUAUAUUAGAAAUGUUGCUAUUGCCAUUGUAUUUUCAUUUUUGGGUGGUGUUGGGAUCACCCUGGGAAUGAUUGCCAUUGCAUACCACAAACUCAGUAAGAAAUUUGAACUGGUGCAGGAGGAAAAUAGAGUUGGGGAAAGGAAAACAUCCAGCCUGGAGUCAACCCAGUGUAAUUUCUGUGAAGGCAAGGACACUCUGUCUACAAGUCAUGCACUGUACAACAGCAACUACAAAUCCCAUCAGCCUUGGGAAGAAGACUCUCCUUAUCUAGGAUCAGACACGCUGGACAAUCAUUUCACCUGCCACAAGUGUAGCUCUACAGCACUUGCUGUAGAAAAGCACAAAAGAGAGAGUGUCCUGCAGAAAGCCAAUCAUGUAGGUGAACAGCUGGCUAAUCGCCAACAUGAAGGAAAUUACCAACAUUCUGUGUUGCAAUAAAAGAUCAAAGACACAAGUGGACAAAGACAUAAUGUGAGCGGGGCAGGCAUUCCAAACAUCUAUCUGGGCAGUCAAGGUACUUCUGUCAGAAUACGGCAGCAGGCCCUCAGUAAUCAUUUCUCAGCCCUCCAGAGUGGCACGUUCAGACCCCCAGACCAAAUCCACAAUGCAAUAACUCAAGGAAAUCAUUCACUGUUAAAACGCCAGGCUGAGGAUGUUGGUGCUCAACCGAUUUACCAAACCAUCAGCUGUCUGCACUGUCAUCAGACUUAUGCAUACAGACAAGCUGGGAGUAAUAACCAGAACUUUCCAUUUACAAAUCACUCACAGAACACAGUUCAAAAUGGAGUAAAAAUGUACAAUGCCAUGCUAUACAGAGACAUCUUGGGUUAUGACAAGUCAAACGCUGGGAGACAUGGUGAGAGUCAAGUUAGUGAGCUGGGCUUUAAGUUAGCUUCUCAAAGAAGCGUUACUUUUGAUCUAGCCGAGACGGAGGAACAUGUCCUCACCACAACGGCUGACAGACACAAAAAGGAAAGCAGGAUGAAAGAAUCUAAAACAUCUGCACAGAAAAGCCCCCAAAAGCUGGGUAAGACUAAACCCCAGAAAACCAGAGGACAAGCAAAUAAGACACUGAAAGUUAAAUUAAAUUUAAACCCCCUUCGAAAAAGCAGAGUACAUCCAAAGUCCAUUGACGAAAGAGAUAUUGUAGAAGACAAGAUUGAGGAAGAGGAAACCGAUACCUUGCAAGGCACCUCUAAGUCGAAACGUGCUAAAAAAGGAAACAAGGAAUCAAAGUCCAUGUCUAAGGAUACAGAUGCUGUCACUAAAGAAAAAGGUCAAAAUUAUAUUUCUGUUCAAGGAGAAACUCUGUUAGACACUGCCUUCAACAGUAGAUCUGAAACUCAAAUGCCAUCAACACUCCCACUAAUGCUCAGCUUAGCUCUUCCAGAUGAUCACAACCGUCUAACAGCUCCAUCACACCCUGACGUUCUGGAUGCCAGUGACACUCAGCAGCUAUUCAAUCCAAAUAUUGCACUUCCUGUGAGCGAAUCCGCUGCUCCACAAGAUGUGGUGGAUCAGUCCAGCAGUUCAGACCUGAUGAGCUCUGCUGCACCUGUCAUCCAAGAAUAUGUAUCUUCAACUGAGGGCUCACCAAAGAGGAAGUUAAGACUUAUUUUACCUGAAAAUACAACCAACAGGCCACAAACAGCACUUAAUAAGAAAAUCCGAUAA